UUGGUCAAAGGCGCAGGCAAAAAAUUAGUGGUGAUUGGUGAAACGGUAGUUGUUUUCUUCUGCGUUAUUCUCAAUAAUCGUCAUCGAUAUAAAUGCACUGAUUCAGAACAAAGUGCACAAAGUUUUGCAACAAUUAAUUCAAUUAGUGUUUGUUGAAGUCGAGAGCCAUUGAUUGGUUGUUGGAUUGGAAGUAAUAUUUUGUGCCAACCCAAAGUUGAACGCAGGUCAGCUGGAGAAAGCAAAAAUGAGCGAAUCGCAACCCGCGGACAUCGGCGGAGAUUCGGAUCGUUGCUGCGAGCCGGGAAGUUGUCAAGAAAGCAUGCUCAUCACUACGGAUUCAAUUGAAGAGUUCUCCCAAGAAAUCAGCACCAGUUUGGCGGAGGAUGACUCGGUGAAGAAUGGGUCGGCCAAAGUAGAGGAAGAAAAGUCGGGCGGAGAAAGUGAGGAGAUUAAAACUGCGUUGACUGGAAGCAACAUCACAAAAAUUCAGGACAAACUCACUGUUGCAGACACAGAAACGGAGGAAGCGAUGAGUAAAUCGAGUUCAUUCAGCAGUGCCAAGAGUCGUGACCUGGCGACUUCGUGCACGAGCCUGGUAGAUGAUGGAAAUAAUACCGAAGGAUUGGGUGAGCCCGAUGCCGAAGAUUACCUGCACGAUCCCAAGUUCCUGUUAAAGAAAAAGCAUGUUUUCAUUUUGAGCUCUGCCGGCAAGCCCAUCUACACGAUGCACGGGAACGAGGAUAAAUUGGCGACUCUGUUUGGGGUGAUGCAAGCGCUGGUCAGCUUCGUACAGAGCAGCAACGAUUCGAUCAAAUCGAUUCACGCUAUGGGCGUUAAGUUUGUAUUUCUGGUUAAAUCGCCACUCAUAUUGGUGGCCAUUUCAAGAACAAGCCACAGCGUACAGCAAGUGCAGCUACAAUUGACGGACGUCUACAAUCAGAUUCUAUCGACGUUGACGCUAGAUAACAUGCAGAAAACUUUUGAAAGACGGAAGAAUUUUGAUUUGCGUCGCUUAUUGGCAGGAAGCGAACGCUUGAUCGAUCAUCUACUGGUCAACGAUAAAUGCGAUCACAAACUAGUCACCAACAACCCAUUCAGCUUUAUGACACAUUCCGUUCGGAUUCUGCCCCUGCAGCCAAGUAUAAGGGAAACCAUCAUUGGAGCUAUCCAGAGCAACUGUUGUAAGAUCAAGAACCUGGUAUUUGCCGUUCUAAUCGCAAACAACAAACUGAUUGCGUUGGUUCGCAUGAAAAAAUAUUUUAUCCAUCCGGCCGAUUUGCGGCUAAUCUUCAAUCUGAUUGAAUGUACCGAAAGUUUCAAGUCGGGCGAAAGUUGGACUCCCAUCUGUUUGCCAAAGUUCGAUUCGAGUGGGUUCCUGCAUGCGCAUGUGUCUUACCUGUCAGAGGACUGCCAGGCCUGUCUGCUACUGCUGUCGAUAGAGAAGGAAGUAUUCUUCGUACUGUCGGAGGCUAAACGGAAGAUAACAGAUAAAUUGCGUCGAUCAAACUGUCUGGAGGCAAUCAACGAGGCAAUGAACAAUAAAGGAGUCAAGCUGCAAAGUAUCGGCAUUCCGGAGAUCCGGCAUUUUAUCUACAAGAGCAAAUCGAACGCGCAGCUUUUGUGCUCCGAACUGGGCGUGCCGUAUUCUAGCAUUGGUCAGUUCAAGCGGUUAGAAGGAAUGUAUUUUGAGUUACACCAUCGAAUACACAGCACCGGCAGGCCGGUCAAACUUAUUUAUCAGAUGCAGGAAAAGGAGAUAUUGCUCGCUUGGGUCACACAAGCGUACGAACUGUUUGCCGCCUUUGAACCAACCGUUCACCGGAAUGAUGUCAUCAAUCUGGUCAACAAGCUGCUCAAGUGGAUCAAAAAGGAAGAAAACAGCCUUUUCAUACUGUCUGCACCAACCUUCUAGGAGUUGGGUUACUUUUUCCCUUCAUUUCCGUUGUUUUCGUUCUCGAUCAAUCCCAGCGGCAGUAGGAAUAGCCAAACUGCAAGCGUAGGGGAGAUCGGUUAGAAGGGAAAAAGUGUUUUAUUUUGUUGAAUCUGAGUGGAAGUAUGCUCAGAGAGAUUUCCUUCCUUUUUAUGUAUUUUGUUACACGUAAUAAUGAAAGAGCACUGUUUGAAAAUAGGCUAGCGCUUAUUCUACAUUGACUAAAAGGUAGUAAUAAUAGGUAAAGUAGAUAAAAGAUGAACAGAAAUCUAUUUACUCAAAGAUGUUUCAAUAAGAGAGAAAAGACAGUGUUUUAGAACGCAGAAGUUAACAAAGAAAUCGGAGCUAAAUAAAUGGGGCUUUGAGCCCCUAGUAUGAGGUGUGAAUGUGAAGCGAUUCCUAUUAAUUGUACAUAGCUGCUAUAUGUAUCAUAUAAAAAAAUUACGUAAACUAUGAAAUUUUGUGAACACAACUGUUUAGGAUUACAAAUCGUGUAGUAACAUUAAAAUAAAAUACACAAGAUCAA